AGACAUCGGUACAAAAGUACACAACAUUAUUCAUUAAUCAUUGAUAAGUUGCAAUAAGCAAAGUUGAAAUUAAAGUGUAAAAUGUAAUUUGUAGUAAUUGUAAAUAUAAGUAUAAUAAUAAUUUAAUACCUUAUAAUUGUAUAAUAUCUCACCAUAGACCUGAGUUUAAAAUAUAUGUAUUUCACAAAUAUUAUACAUACCUACAACCUACGUAAUAUUUUAUUAUAAUCUAUGUUAACUUCAUAACUAUUGAUAUAAAUUAGAGUUUUGGUCUUGUUUUUUAUUAUUUAUUAUAUUGCUUUAUAUUUUAUAAUGUUUGUGAUGCGGUAUUGGCGUACCAGUAUGUUUGGAGAUAGCUUAUUAAGAACAGUAUGUCGAAGUGUUCAUCAUUCUGGAGCUAGACAAUUUUCAGAACCCUUUUAUCAACAGAUAGUCACUGUCAAAAAUAAUAAUUAUAAAUUCAAGGGCCAUCCGUAUGCAACCUAUGAUGCGUUCAAAUGUUGGAACUGUCAAACAAUAUUAGACAUCAGACCUUGUCUGUUUUGUAAAAAUUGCUCAAUAAUUCAGUCAUCCGAAGACCAGAAUUUAAAUUAUUUUGAGCUGUUUAACAUAAAUGUUCAGUAUGAUAUUGAUACUGUACAGUUGACAUCAAAUUUUAGAAAACUACAAAACCUUAUGCAUCCUGACAGAUUUUCCAACAAAACUGAAGAAGAACAAUUACUAUCCGAAUCAUUUUCUUCUCUAUUAAACAAAUCUUAUACGACUCUAUUGAACCCACUUCUAAGAGGUCUUUAUAUGUUAAACCUUGGUGGUUUGAGUAUUGAAGAAGAUUCUAUAACAAUGGAUAGCAUUUUUUUAUAUGAAAUAAUGGAUUGGAAUGAAAAAGUUGAAGAAGUUGAUACAAAAGAAUCUCUAGAACGUCUGAAGAAAGAUGUUGAUGAUACGUUGGUUGUCUUAUACACGGAACUAUCAAAAGCAUUCAGUGAAAAUAACCAAAAUCAAGCAAAAUUAUUAUUAUCAAAAGCCAAGUUCUUUACAACAUUGCUAAAAAAAAUCAAAGAUAAGGAUGUGUUAUAAAAAAAAUAUUCAGUAUAUUUUUAAAACUGCUAAAAUUAGUUUCAAAAAUAUUGAAAUUAGAAUAUUUUAGACAUUAAUAUAAUAUAUUAUGUUGUAAAAGAUUUAUUAAAAAAAAAAAUUACAUUGAACA